AUGGACGUCAGCAUUCAGAGAGCUCUCAACGACAAGCUCUACGACAAGCGCAAGGUUGGCGCACUCGAACUCGAGCGAGUCAUCCGUGAACUCGUCGUGACUAGGGAUUACCCUAGAGUCCAGGCCAUCCUCGAGCAGCUUUGCAAUGAGUUUGCAUAUGCCGUCCAUCAGCCCCAUGCCCGGAAUGGAGGUUUGAUAGGCCUGGCUGCAGCUGCCAUUGCUCUUGGUCAUGAGCUACCCCGCUAUCUCGAGAAGAUCGUGCCACCAGUGCUUGCAUGCUUCACCGAUCAAGAUGCCAGAGUCAGAUACUACGCAUGUGAAGCCAUGUACAACAUCGCCAAAGUCGCCAAGGGGGAGAUCUUGAUUUACUUUAACGAUAUCUUUGACGCCCUCUGCAAGCUGGGAGCAGACUCUGAGCUGUCCGUUAAAAACGGUGCCGAGCUGCUCGACCGCCUCAUCAAAGACAUUGUCUCCGAAUCGGCUGCUUCGUACGUCUCCGUCCUCGAGGGAGAGCUGAGCCAGGAAAUCAGUGACAAGGAUGAGCUCCAAGAUCGCCCUCCUCCCCCCACUGCGUUCUCCUUGCGCCGCUUUAUUCCCCUUCUCCAGGAGCGCAUCUGGGUCAUCAAUCCCUUCACUCGUCAAUUCUUGGUGGGCUGGAUUACCUUGCUCGAUUCCAUUCCCGAUUUGGAACUCGUCACCUUCCUUCCCGACUUCUUAGGAGGCUUGCUCAGGUUCUUGAGUGACCCAAACAGAGAUGUGCAUGUUGCAACAAGAGCUUGCCUUGAUAAGUUCCUCAGCGAGAUCAAGAGAAUAUCUAGGAUCAAAAAAGGCAUUGCCGAAAGCAAAAAGUCACGCGAGGGUGGCAAACGCAAGCGUGAAGAGUCGGUCGACUCGGGUAGUGUACAGAUUGGCCCAGAAGAAGGUGAUGAGGUUGACUCCCAGACCGACGAUAGCGAGAGCAGCGGCGAGGAAGAUUGGAUACCCGGUCAAGACGUCCAGAUUAAUUAUCGAAAGAUACUCGAGAUAUUGACCGCUACGCUUGAUUCUCCUCUCGAAGAGGAUUCUCUCUUGGAGUCUCUACGAUGGAUCGUUGAGUUCUUGGAUAUCUGCCCGGAGGAAGUGCUGCCGUUUACUCCAAAGAUUCUGGCUCAUAUGCUGCCUGCUAUGGCCAGCGGCGUUGAAUCUAUCCGUCAAGCUGCUGCUCGUGUCAACGCUGGCUUGAUGGAUUACGUGGUCUCCCUCUCCGACGAACCCGAAAUCGGCGGCCCUUCUCAAUCUACCUCACGCAUUCCAGUUUCUGGUGAAAAACAAGACGGGCCAUCCAGUGCGCGGGCUUCUCUAUCUAGUUCGCGAGACCUCGAACUGAGAAGCCCGACCCCAGCCCAAGGCCACAACCGCUCUCUGUCGACUCCGAACCCGCCCUAUGCAAGCAACCAUCCCCAAGUGGAUCUGGACUAUGCCGCAGCAGUUAAUGCCUUGACACUUCUGUUUCUCAAUGACCAUGAGGCGACCCGGGUUGCUGCUCUGACGUGGUUGAUUAUGCUUCACAGGAAGGCCCCUAGAAAGGUGCUCGCUUUCAACGACGGAACUUUCCCUGCCUUGCUUAAGACGCUCUCCGAUCCAGCCGAAGCCGUUGUUACCAAGGACCUGCAGCUUCUCUCUCAGAUUUCUCGCAACAGCGAAGACGACUACUUCUCCAAUUUCAUGGUGAACCUACUGCAGCUCUUUGCUACCGACAGAAAACUGCUCGAGACGCGAGGCAACCUUAUCAUCCGUCAGCUUUGCGUCAGUUUAAGCGCAGAGCGGAUCUAUCGCACGCUUGCAGAUUGCAUUGAAAAGGAGGAAGAUGUUGAGUUUGCCAGCAUCAUGGUCCAGAAUCUGAACAACAACCUUAUCACGGCUCCAGAGCUGUCGGAACUGCGCAAGAGACUUCGCAAUCUGGAGUCAAAGGAUGGCCAAACAUUCUUUGUCGCCCUUUUUCGCUCGUGGUGCUACAAUGCUGUCGCCACAUUUUCCCUUUGCCUACUAGCGCAAGCUUACGAGCAGGCUUACAAUCUCUUACAGAUCUUUGCCGAGUUGGAGAUGACGGUGAACAUUCUCAUCCAGAUCGACAAGCUGGUCCAGUUGAUAGAAUCUCCUGUGUUCACCUGUGAGUUUCUCGAGGUCCAUUGA